AUGGCGCGUCUCUCUGCGAGCGAGACCGAGUUCAUCGCAGAGCACGAGCUCAUUGCCAUUAUGCCUCACUUCCAUUUGCGCGACAACAGCGGCAUGCUCAAUUUCAUCAGUGGUGAUUUUGGACCAUUUCAGCCUGGUAUCACGACACAUGUCCCACUGUGGCUGGCGAUUAUGCUCAAACAGCUCAACAAGUGCCGAAUUCUCGCACCGUCGUGGCUGUCAGUUGACUAUUUGACGUCGCAACUGCAGCGCGAGAAGACGAGUGAAGUGUUUGAAGAGCUGCCGUUUCAUUACUUGGAGAUCGCGUCGCUGUUGCUGAAAAAUGCACCGGAAGACUUGGAUCGAAGUGAACAUGUUCGUUUGUUGCUCGAAGAUCUGCAAAACGUGCGACAGGACAAGAUCCGCAAAGGUCUGGCCAAGAUUGCAAGUGAUGUCCAAGGCGGUGAAACGGCUUUUGUCAUUCAGAUGAACAAUAUCUCGGCCAUGGAGAUCAACUCUGUCCGCGAGUUUAUGCUUGGGUCUCUAGAUCAGUUCUACCGGCUUUCGCAGCUCACAGCAGGAGCAGCUGAAGGAGAUUCCCAGUCUCAGUCCCAGUCACAGAGCCAAGGUUAUGCAGAGCCAGCGUCAGAUGGUCCUGCAGCACGCCGGCUUCGGCGGCAUCGAGGAUAG